AUGAAAAAGAAGCACUCAUGUUCAAGAAAGUUUACUUUUGGACACCUUGUAUCCCCUCAGUGGAUUGCUUCUCAUCUUGUGAAGGAGAUUGUUUUCAACCCAUCUAUUAAACUUAAAGAAUUGAGGGAACUCAUUAGGACAAAAUUCAAGAUCACCCUAUCUAUCAGUAAAUGUAACAGGGCUAAACAUAAGGCAAUGGUGAUGAUUGAAGGGAAUGCUAGUGAUCAUUAUGCUAGAAUUUGGGACUAUGCUGCAGAAAUACAAAGAUCCAACCCUGGUAGUACUGUGCAAGUGGGUGUAAACCUUAAUCCUGAUGGAAAAUAUUACUUCCAUAGAUUCUAUGUAUGCUUUCAUGCAUUGAAAACAGGAUGGAUUGUUGGAUGUAGAAGAGUGAUAGGAUUAGAUGGGUGCUUUUUGAAAGCGCAACUUCCUGCUGCGGGAAGAUCACGUAUAGAUUCAAGGUGGUAA